AUGGCCUUGCUCGACCGGCUGCGCGCGAUUGGGUUCAAGCCGUCGCCUGAGGCACGCGAGGAGGCCAGAGCUGUCGUGGCGGACUGGAAGCGAGGCAAGCGGAUCGGGACGGAGGUGAUGUUUAAGCAGGAGACGUUCGCCUUCUUGCAUCUCGUGGGAGUGUUUGGGCUCGUGGAGGAUAUGGGCGGUACCGGCGAGGUGCUUGAUCUAGUCGUGUCCAUCUCUGGUCGUGAGCGCCCCGUUGAGGCGUUCGUCGUCCUUGGCCUGGACCUCGACCAGCGUAUGCCAAUUGCUGGUAAGAUGAUCCGCAUCAGGGGAGAUGAUCUUGCUACUCAAGUGCAUCUCUGCUGCAGCAUUCUUUAUUAUAAACAUUAUACAAUCAAGGUUAAUGCAGCUGAUGCAAAAGAGCGCACACUUCUUGGUGGAACAUUGCAGAAGUUCAUUAAGGAACAGAAGCUAGAAGAACUGCCUAUUUUUGAAGAAGCUAACAAGCGAAUGGCACAUUUGGAUCAGCAAAGUGCUGAGAGAAAAAGAACUGCUGCAGCAGCGGCUGCGGCUGCCCAAAAGGCCAGAACGUUAACUCAGCUGGAACCUCUACUCAAACAAUUUAAGCCACAGCAGAUCAUUCUUAAAGUUGGAGUGUCAAAUCUGUAUCAAGCUGCUUUAACCCAGAAUGUACUGCCAGCGAUCACAAAGAUUUCGCAGGUAGUUGCUGGGAGCCAUCGUCCAGUUGGCAUCCAAAAUCAGGCCCUUGCUGUUCCGCCUCAAUUUGGUAGUGGUAGCUUGGCAAAUUAUUAUGGAGUGACAUCCACCGGGCCAUACAGGUCCAACACUCUAGCUCCUGGACCUGGUGCUUUGAAUGGUCCAAGUGCGCAGGCAUCAUCAAGAUCAAAGCUCUAUUCUGGAGAUCCCCUCGCGGCUGUCUCCUGA